AUGCCGGUGCCUUCGGUGGCGGGUUCUUCGUCAAAGGAGGAAGCACCAGCACCGGCACCAGCAAAACCGGUCCCUUCUCCCUCAAAUCCCGUCCUCGUCUCGAAUGAAUCGCAAUGGCUCUUCACCGACUCCGACCUUCGAUAUACCCCUUCACUACUCGAUGGCAUGUCUAUGGAGGCCGAGCACACGCAACGGAGUAAAGGCGUGAACUUCAUCACGCAGGUUGGCAUUCUGCUGAAACUGCCGCAGCUCACACUCUGUACGGCGAGCGUGUACAUGCACCGGUUCUUCAUGCGGUAUAGCAUGGUGGACUUACCGCAGAGGCCGGGUAGACACCCGUACCCGAUCGCAGCCACGGCGCUGUUCCUUGCGACGAAAGUGGAGGAGAACUGCCGGAAGAUGAAGGAGCUGAUAGUGGCCUGUUGCAGGGUAGCGUUGAAACAGCCCAAUGUGAUUGUGGAUGAGCAGUCGAAGGAGUUUUGGAAAUGGCGGGAUACCAUUCUUCAUAAUGAGGAUUUGCUGCUGGAAGCCCUCUGUUUUGACCUACAGCUCGAACAGCCGUAUCGUCUGCUCUAUGAUUUCAUCUGUUUCUUCCGGGUUCAAGACGACAAGCGACUGCGGAAUUCCGCAUGGGCGUUCGUCAACGAUUCAACAUUUACGGUCCUCUGUGUACAGUUCAGCGCGCGAACCAUUGCGGCAAGUGCGCUAUAUGCGGCUGCCAUGCACUGUGACGCUGCGUUCAAAGACGACGAACUGGGUAGGCCGUGGUGGGAGCAGAUCGACGUUGAUCUGAAAGAGGUGCGGCGCGCCUGCAAUCGCAUGGCAGAGAUAUACGAUAGCUAUCCGCUGCCUAAGCCGGGGCAGAAAUACGCUCCCACUCCACUAAACGGAGAAGAAGCGACUGAUAUGACGAGGCAAGUUUUUGCGAGUGAAACACGGCCAGUCUCAGCUUCCCGGGGUAGCGAGGCGAACGGGCGCAAACACGAACGAGAAGAACAAGAACCAGGCGAGAUUGGACCAAACGGAACCGACUCGCCAAAACGGCAAAGGCGAGACUCUGAAGAGUCAAGGCCACGGUCAGCGGUAUCUACAUCGAAAUCACCGGCAACUGCUACAGCCAACUCUGCACCCCGCCUGCAAGUAACCAACUCAUUUACAAAUGCCGCCUCGAAUCUAAACCUCUCCUCACAGCUGCAGCCACAACCAGGCACAAGCGCUCGGGAGGAAGACAUCGAAGAAGGCGAAGAGCUUGAAGAAGGCGAACGAGAAGAGGGUGAAGCUGACCCGGACCCAGAACCACGUCCGAGACCGUCCACAUCGACAUCAGCAUCGACCAACAGCCGUGUUCCCGCAUCCUACCAGAAGCAACGCAUGGAACAUCCCCUGCCUCCCCCGCCUCCGGUAGCAGCGAUACCUCCACAAGCUCAAUCGAGUAGAGAUCGUGAACGGGAUCGAAAUGGAACACAUCGAUCGGUACAUCCUCCUCCUCCUCCUCCGCCGCCGCCACCGCCACCGCCACCAGGAGCAUAA